GGUUCACAGUUCAGGGGUUGCCAAGGAGAGAGGAAGAUGGCGGCAGGCGGACUGAGCUGUAAGCGGCGCUGAAACAGAUUUCAUGGGCUGAUAAUACUGACGAGUAAAGCUGAGUCUGACGACCAAUCUUUAAGACUGUACUUAGACGAAAUAAGGACGGUAAUGGCGCUGCUUUACGGCUUGUUAUGGCGGCUCUUGCUGGUUCUGGUGCACGCCAACAGAGCGCUUGUCUCCUGGCUCCGUGUCCGCCUUCGGAGCUGGAAAGGCCGGCUGUGGGAGCGUACGAUGGCCGCUCUUGUUCUGCCCUCAGCCCUAGCACGGUUCCCAGACCAUCAGAAGAAGUUAAAUCAUAAUAACCCUGAUGCUAACGCUAACCCGGUCAACCGUACUGCCAGUCGCCGGUCACGGUGGCUGUCUGACGGCAGGUCUUUGGAGAAGCUGCCGGUCCACAUCGGCCUAUUGGUCGCGGAAGAAGAGCCUAGUUAUACGGACAUAGCAAACCUGGUGGUCUGGUGUAUGGCUGUUGGUAUAUCUUAUGUCAGCGUCUAUGAUAAUCACGGUAUUUUCCGGAAGAACAACUCCCGUAUGCUGGAGGAGAUAGUAAAGCAGCAGCAGGACUUGCUAGGUGUAGACGGAUCCAAAUACAAUGUGGAGUUCCUGAGCAAUGGCAGUGACAAACACCAGCACCAUGUGGUGUCCUGCAGGCCCACAGUGAAGGUGUUGUCUCCAGAGGACGGAAAGCAGACCAUUGUCCAGGCAGCGCAGCAGCUCUGUCGCUCUGUGGAGAACAAAGAGAGGAGCUCCAAAGACAUCAGCGUCUCCAUGCUGGACAUACUGCUAAGAGAGUCAAAGAAUAUUCCAGACCCUGAGCUGGUGGUGAAGUUUGGUCCUGUGGACAGCACACUGGGCUUCCUCCCCUGGCACAUCAGACUCACUGAAUUCAUUUCGCUCCCCUCCCACAGAAACGUCUCCUAUGAGGACUUGUUGGGCGCCCUGCAGCAGUACAGUGCCUGUCAGCAGCGGCUUGGCCAGUGACGUGUGGGCCGGCAUCAGGUUCUUCAGAGAGGAGAAGUGUGGGGUUCACACAGUCAGAGGAGAGUUUGGACAGGUGGUGACACCUCCAUGCCUUGCUGUGUCUCUGACUCUGUCCAUCUCCUGGAUCCCUAUCAGACUAAGACUGCUCAAAGACGUGGAAACAAGGAGACAACUCACUUCCUGCCACCAGCUCUUGUCUUAUAAUAAACUCACAUUCCAGGACUUCUGGAACGUGCUCUCCAAGCCAAGAGAAAAUAGAACAUCAGAGACACACACUGACAUGAGAAGACCGUCUGCACAGACUCAGUGUCCCACAAACCCUUUUCUGUCCUCUCAGACCCUCUUGCUCAUUGUUUGUCAUUCAGUCUCCAGCUGCUGUUUACUGCUGAGCACUUGCCUUCACUCAGCAGAUAACAAGGAAGAAACGAGGCUUUGUGCCCAUCCUCGUGAGGCAUCCUGGGAAAUACAGCUGCACUGUAUGGAAAAGCUCAACUGCCAACAACAAGAGUAGAACAGCGGAAGUUGAGCACAGGGACAGAGUGGUUAAUACUGUGUAAAUAAGAGAAAUUAAUUUGGCUCUGUGUUUGUCCCUGUGGCCUCCAGCUUGCAGUCAUGUGUUCAUGUGUAGUGUUGCUUCAGACACAUACAGAGGUUGUUUAAGGUUCCUGUUAGACUGACCAAGCUCUGAAAUAAAGAAAUGCACUGUGUGUGUUUGCUGACAGCCCUGAUAGAAAAGUCAGUUUUCUGUCACUUUAAAGGAUAAUUUCAUGACAGAAUAAUCUUAACUCCCCCUAAUGUCUGUCUGUCUGUCUGUCUGUCUGUCUGUCUGUCUGUCUGUCUGUCUGUCUGUCUGUCUGUCUGUCUGUCUGUCUGUCUGUCUGUCUGUCUGUCUGUCUGUCUGUCUGUCUGUCUGUCUGUCUGUCUGUCUGUCUGUCUGUGUAAUGAAAUUCACUGCUACUAGAUGUCACACCAGCACCAGCAUCUCAAAUCAAAACCAGAACAAUGGUUGCUACAGCCAACCAGAUUCCACUUACAAAACCAGUAAUUUUACCUUACAGAAAAUUGUAAAACACACCAAAACUGUCUUUCUUAGUCUUUCCAACAAUCACCAACUCUGGUCGAAAUAAACCCUUACUUACCUAUCUGUCAGAUGACACAAUAUUUGUAUAACGGGCUACCAUGACGACAAUGUAAGCUAAUAAUUGGUGACAAAAGGCCUUGUUUUUGGACUGACAGGCAUCAUUGUGUUAUGGAAAGGAUCCCUGCAGAGAUAAACUUGUUUAAACUUUGUUUAAUCAGAAAUAGCCGUAAUAUUGCUAUCACUCUCCACUAGACAAAAACAUUUAAUUAUACCUUGCAUAUUAUUGUAACAGCAUAACUUCAUUUAAAAUGGACAGAAACAAAAGAAUAAAAUGAAUUCCACUGUUUCAACUAUCACCAACUCUGGUUUAGUCGAAAUUAAACCUUAAUUCACUGAUGUAGAUGAUAAAAACAGCAGUUUCAGUCGCUCUACUCCGCUGCACACGGAGCAGACUGGAUAUGGAAACAAACCACAGAGAGGCUGGGAUAGCAACACAGGCAGAGAGAGUGUGACACCAUGACUCAACUAUAUAUUUACAUAGAGAAUAGUUGUUUGCUGCUAUAUUAAUGUUUUAAACCUGACUUCUAACCUUUAACCAGUCUUGACUAUCUUAGUUCCCUUAACUGAGUUAUCGGUUAUCACAACCAGAGGUCCAAUUGGAUUGAAUGAUGACAACUUAGCUGCAUCCACUGAUCCAGGCUAUGAGAUGAUAUCUAAUGAAUGAUGAAACUCCACAGAAAGCUACCAGGUGGAACUGGAGUUUAGAUUAUGAUGUAACUCUUUCACAACUUGGGUCUUAUUUUCAUAGAUUCAAAAACAUAAGUAAUAACUUUGUACUGACCAAGACAUUGCUCUGAGGUAUAUCUGCUACAGAGACUUGGGAAUUGAGAGCUUCUUCUUUUGUGAAAGAAUUACAUGGAGUUUUCAGCAUUUCUUUUUUUUAAAAAUUGCCAUUACCCUCAAUAAACCAGAAUGCACUGCUGCCACAAAA